GCUCCUGCCGGCGUCGCGCGGCUCUGACGUCACCAGCGCGCCCAAGAUGGCGGCCUCCGGGAAGCGGCCCGAGCAUCGAGGGCCCCCAGAAUUGUUCUACGAUGAGGCAGAAGCUCGGAAAUACACUCACAACUCCCGGAUGAUUGAGAUCCAGUCGCAGAUGUCCGAAAGGGCCGUGGAGCUCUUGGGUCUCCCGGAGGACCGGCCCUCUUUCUUGCUGGACGUGGGUUGUGGCUCUGGCUUGAGUGGCGACUAUAUCACCGAGGAAGGACACUUUUGGGUUGGCAUGGACAUCAGCUCCGCAAUGCUGGAUGUGGCUGUGGAGAGAGAAGCGGAAGGAGACUUGAUGCUUGCGGACAUGGGGCAAGGGGUUCCCUUUCGGCCUGGGACAUUUGACGGAUGUAUCAGCAUUUCUGCAGUGCAGUGGCUUUGUAACGCCGACAAGAAGACCCACAACCCUCCCAAGAGACUGUACCGUUUCUUUUCCACUCUCUACACGGCGUUGGCUCGAGGGGCCCGUGCCGUCCUACAGCUCUACCCUGAAAACUCCCAGCAGUUGGAACUCAUCACCACCCAGGCCAUGAAAGCAGGCUUCACCGGUGGCAUGGUGGUGGACUACCCCAACAGUGCCAAGGCAAAGAAGUUCUUCCUGUGUCUCUUCGUUGGCACAAGUGACGCGUUGCCAAAGGGUCUUGGAACAGAAUGCAGCGAGGAAGAGACAACGCGGGCCAAGUUCACCCACGAAAGGGCAAGGUUUCGAAACGCCAAAGGGAAGUCGGCGAAGAAGAGCCGGGACUGGGUCUUAGAAAAGAAAGAACGGAGGCGGCGGCAGGGCAAAGAGGUGCGGGCGGACACGAGAUACACGGCUCGGAAACGAAGGCCUCACUUCUGAUGCCGCCCUGGAAGCCUUUGCAGCCCGGAAAGCCCUUUGGGCCGGCCCUAGCAUCCUUUUGGACACCGAAUGAGAACAUCCCAGGAUCUGGAGUGAGGAGGAGGAGGACCUCCUUUUCAGCUGGCCCAAUCUCUCUCGGCUCGGAUUUGGAGAGACAGCGUGGGACCUGCCUUUGCAGGUUGUGUGUCGAGAGGGACUCAAUAAAGCCUUUCUCUUGGAAAGCCAAUUUGCCUAUUAAAUGAGGUCUUGGACAUGAA